AUGUCAUUCUUCAAGACUUCAGUCGCUUCUUGCUUACUCGGCGUUGCUAUUGCAGUCAAUGAGGCCCCGAUUGUCCCAGUAGCAGCACAGAUCGGAGCCUUGGACUUUGGCAUUACCUGCCAGGUUCCGAUUCUUGGUAACUAUACAUUUGCCGGAUUCUUUACCGCCACUGCUGCCAUUCAGGCAAACGCAGGACAAGAGAUAUACUACACGGAUCUCGUCGCCGAAGUUACUAUACCAUCAUCUAUAACCACUCUUGGGGGCCUCAUCGGCGCCAGAUCCGUAGACGCAAAUGUUAAAGUAGCUUUGGACCUUGAGAAUGCGUCUCCUGCAACGUUCAAUAUCUUUCCAAAUGGCCUCCAGAUCAACGACAUCAAGUUUACCCCAGGAUCUCCUGUGACAGUGCGGGUUCCGACAAACGGCACCCUUCAGCCGCUUGGGCCGAUCACGAUGGGUGCCGCUGGAACCACGCAUGCUAUUCAUCUUGGCGAGGUUGACAUUGAAAUUAUGAUCCCGUUCGGCCCAACCAAAUUCCCACUCGACGUUAAAUGCCCACCUCAAGCCAUCCCAUACGACUGCGACUUCAGCGGCGUCAUACAGCAGGAGAUUGAUCUAACAAUUUCCGGCACCGUGCCUACAUAUCUCAACCCGGGCAAGACUUUCAGUGUUGACGACGUGUAUGCCUACCUACGCGUACCGGCAGCACUCACGGCGCAGGUCAAGGCUAUCAUUCCCGAAGCAAAGACCGGGCGUGUAACAGCAGAUAACUUUACCAUUGCAGUGAAGAAUGGGAGCCCGGGCGCGUACAACGCGCUGCCAACGCCGCAGGUUGUCGAAUUCGAGUUUGUUGAUGGGCAAGAAAUUGGGAUUGCUGUUCCGAAAGAUGAGACUUUUUCUAUUGGGCCGUUGGUACCGGGAAUGUCGGGGAGUGAACUGUUCUUGGAUGCGGGAGAUGCGUCAGGAGCGGUGGAUAUUUUGGAUGGAGAGGGUGCGACUGUUAUCACGGUGCCAUUUACAUGUGUGCCGAAAUAUACGAGUUCCUUAAUUGGGAUUCCGGUGACGGAUCUGACUGCUCCUCCGAUCACGCCUUGA